ACGAAGGAGCGACAUUCAGCAACACGUAUCUUUUACAGAGAUAUAUUCUAACACGCUAGCARAAUGCGACUGUUGUACGGAACUGUGAUGUUAUUGUUCCUUGUCGUCUUCACAGAAUCACGACGAGAAUAUCGCAAUGGCAGCCUGUCAAACGUCUAUGAAUCAGGAAUGAGCAAAGACGCAGAGCAAAACUGCACAGCAGGAAUCCAUAAAUGGUUUACCAAAGACGAGUUAAAGCUAUGCCAUUUCUACAAACUUAAAGGCAUCGUGGAGGAAGCCGUCUCAAUGGCUUUAAAGCACUGUCAAAGACUAUUUCGAGACAGACGCUGGAAUUGCUCUGAAUUAAACACAACCAAAGUAUUUCAACGAAUACGUGAAAGUUCCUUGGUGUAUGCCAUUACAUCCGCCGCRGUAGCCUACGAGGUUACAAUUUUAAAAUGUACUCGAGGGGGCUUGGGCAUGUGUGGCUGCGAAGCUACUGUUAAUGACUACAACAGAGACGAUGUUUACGAGAAAGACUGUAUUCAGUUUAAUGAGUUCUUGAAGUAUGGCGAAGAGGUAUCAAGACGUUAUAUGGAUCCACCCAAAMACGACGAACUCUCUCUGCUCAUUCAACAUAACAAUGAAGCAGGACGACAGGUCUUAAAAAAUGCCAUCCAAAGCGGCUGCAAAACUGUUUAUCUUGGAUGGUAUCUUUUCGAACGCACCUGUUGGCGUAAACUACCAUCAUUCAAUAGAGUUGCAGGCGAUCUUCUAAAGAAAUUCGAGCGAUCCUGGCGUGUACGUGCGAACAGAACCCUGGAAAGGUAUUCCGACAAAAGACGCCCUUCAAGAACAGACCUCGUGUACACCGAUCUUUCUCCCAGCUUUUGUCGAGCUGAACCGAGCCUGGGAACUGCAGGAACUCAAGGGAGACUGUGCAAGAAGGACRCUUAUGGCAGCGAAGGGUGCAAGAGAUUGUGUUGUGGAAGGGGAUUCAGUACCUCAGUUAGAUUAACAGGAAAAAAAUGUGAAUGUGAACUUAGAGGGUGUUGUAAGUUGUAUUGCAAGUUUUGUGAUAGGAAUGAGUUUGAGCAUCGUUGUAUAUAAUCCACUGCGAAGAAACAUAGUUCACCAACAGCAAGAUAUUGUGGUUGACUAACCACGCACUUCAAUGUGGUAAAAAUAUACAAAUACUAUUAAAAUAAAAAGCAKUUUGAUAAAUAGCGACUGUUUGUAUGUAYCAUAACCAUGUUUUCUUCUUAAUUCUUUGAAAGUGUAAUAAAGGCCAUCGUCAUCAUCGCAGCCGAUAUCAGUGUCAGACUUUCUCCAACUC